AUGGCUCGACACAAGCUUCCUGAUAGACCGCCAAAUGGCAUUGGAGCUGGACAGAGACCUUCGAUGCGUCCAAAAGCCCUCAAUAUCGACGCCGCUCAUGCCGUUCUUGCCAAACCAUUCAAGGUUCCGCUCAAGUCGAUUUCGCCCAACGUGGCCACUGGGACACGCCACACCAUGCGAAAGAGAAGUAGACCGCUGACCUAUGCAGAACCUGGUCUUUUGGAAAAGGAUACUGCAGCAGAUCUUGACGAUGACAAUUACCAGGACGUAAUUACACAACCACACAAAAAACGAGUCGACGCGCUUUCUGCAUGCCGUCUAUCGCAGGAUUCAAAUCGUCUGCGAAGCAUCGAAUUUACUCUCAAAAGAUCGUUUACUGUCCCGAUCAAAGGGUAUGUUUCCCGGCACAAUUUCUCCCUUUCGCUGGGAACUAAACCCAAAAUUGUUUUAGAGCCCAGACCACUCCACGAUCCUUACGAUGAGCUUGCCCUUGUACUUUAUGACCCUAGUGUUGAUGGACAAACUCCGCAGAUUAUUCAAGAGCAAAUGAACCCCACAGUCACAGAAGAUAAAAAAUCUUUGAAGGGCAAGAAAAAGACACCUGAAGUAGACAUUAAGCAAAACAUUCCACUGCCAAGUACCCCCGCCUUUGCAUCACAAAUUCAUCGCAAAAAGCUCUCGAAUGGACUUCCUAACAAGACGCUAGCAGAACUUCUGGGGCAAACAACAGUGGAGCAAAAAGAGUUUGCUAGUGUUCCCGUUGUAAUCGACCCGCUUCUAGUUAAAAUUUUACGCCCCCACCAAGUCGAAGGUGUCAGAUUCUUGUAUCGCUGUGUCACUGGCUUGGUGAUGAAAGAUUUUCUGGAUCAGCAAACUGUACUGAAACAAGCCGAUCGAGUCAUCUCAGAAGGCGACGGUUCUUCUCCUUCGACGCCUGAACCCAUUUUGAAGCCUGAUACAACCGAAAAGCCGACACUCAAUGAGACAGAGCAAACUCCUCUCGUUACCGCACAAAACAGAGGUGCCUAUGGUUGUAUUAUGGCGGACGAAAUGGGUUUAGGGAAAACUUUACAAUGCAUUGCCCUUCUUUGGACCUUGCUGCGACAAGGGCCACAAGGCAAAAGGACGAUAGAAAAAUGCAUUAUUGUGUGUCCUUCUUCACUGGUUAAUAAUUGGGCUAAUGAACUAGUAAAAUGGCUAGGGAAAGGUACAUGCCCUGCUUUACCAAUGGAUGGAAAGAAGAGUUCUUUGAACAACGGAACGGUUGCAGAUGCCAUUCGUCUGUGGGCCUCCGCACAGGGUAGAAAUGUAGUAAAGCCUGUGCUUAUCAUUUCCUAUGAAACCCUUCGGCGUAAUGUUACUUAUUUGCAGAAUGCCAACGUGGGUCUGUUGCUAGCAGAUGAAGGGCAUCGUCUGAAGAACGCAGAAUCAUUAACAUUUACAGCUCUCAAUAGCAUCGAGUGCCCCAGACGUGUCAUAUUAUCAGGUACUCCAAUCCAGAAUGAUCUUUCCGAGUAUUUUGCAUUGCUUAACUUUUCGAACCCGGGCUUGUUAGGUUCGCGAAGUCAAUUUAGGAGGAACUUCGAGCUUCCCAUCUUGCAAGGUAGAGAUGCAGAGGCUGACCCGGCGGAAAUCGCGAAAGGUGACGAAAAACUACAGGAUUUGUCCAAUAUAGUAUCGAAGUUCAUCAUUCGGCGUACUAACGACAUUCUCUCAAAAUAUUUGCCGUGCAAAUACGAGCAUGUUAUAUUUGUGAACCUGAAGCCCUUUCAAAAGACCCUUUAUGAACAGAUGAUCAGGUUACGGGAAAUUCAGCUAGCUGAAAAGGAGGUUGAAAAAGGCUCAAACAGAGGGGAGCAGCCACUUAAGCAUAUCGGGCUGUUGAAGAAGCUUUGUAACCACCCAGACUUGCUGGAUCUUGCCGAUGAUAUUGAGGGCUCGCAGCAUCUGAUACCCGAUGACUACCAAAACUCAACUUUGACAAAGCGCGGUCACAGUGAGGUGCAGACGUGGUACUCGGGCAAAUUUUCCAUCCUAAAGCGGUUUCUGCAUAAGAUCAAAAAAGAGUCUGAUGACAAGAUAGUGCUAAUUUCCAAUUACACCCAAACACUUGAUCUGAUCGAGCGCAUGUGCAGAGCUAGUAAUUAUGCUGUUGUGCGGCUCGAUGGGACCUUGAACGUAAACAAACGUCAGAAGCUUGUGGAUCGCUUCAACGAUCCCGAGGGUCAGGAGUUCAUCUUUCUGCUGAGUUCCAAAGCUGGUGGCUGUGGUAUAAACCUAAUUGGUGCCAAUAGACUAAUAUUGAUGGAUCCGGACUGGAACCCGGCGGCAGAUCAGCAAGCAUUAGCUCGUGUUUGGAGAGAUGGCCAGAAGAAAGAUUGUUUCAUUUACAGAUUCAUAUCUACUGGCUCAAUUGAGGAAAAAAUCUAUCAACGUCAAUCCAUGAAAAUGAGUUUGAGCUCUUGCGUCGUCGACGAAAAAGAGGAUGUCGAAAGACUGUUCAGCGCAGAAAACCUGAAACAAUUAUUUCACCUAAGAAACGACACGGUCUGUGACACUCAUGAAACUUACCAAUGCAAAAGAUGUCACAAGAGUAAACAGAGGAUCAAACCAAAAACAAUGCUUUACGGAGAUCCAACGACAUGGAAUCAUCUCGAUCGUGAAGCCUUGAAGUCCACCAACGAUCACUUGCUGCAGAACGAAGCUCAGUUUCAGGACAUUAGCUAUGUCUUUCAGUACAUCUCACAUUAA